GUUCGCGGCCAGUAGGAGUGCAAACGCAUGUCGAGCUCGUUCGCCGUGCAGCCGGGUGACCUUGGCCCGAACAUCACCAUCCCGCAGAAGCUUCACGAGCUUGGGACUGUAUGCUCGCUAGAUCAAUGGAUUCUUGACUCCCAAUCCGGUUCCAGGCUGAUAAGUUGUUUGACGCGAGGGCAAAGCAUCGGGAUGACUCUCACGGCCACCGCUGGCUUCAUCUCGGUUGCGUCGGUACUGGCGCUAUACAUCAUGGCCUUUCAUAAUGCUCUGACAUUGCGACGAGAUACAUCGUGGCGAGAAGUAUGGCGCGAAAUCACUUGGCCGGACGACCUCUAUAUGCUUGCCUUGUUCACGUUCGACAUCCUCCAGGCACUCGGGGCCGUCCUGGACGUGAGAUGGAUCAACAGAGGUAUAGUGUCACCUGGGGGUUACUGCAGGGCUCAAGGCAUCAUCCAACAAAUCGGAGAGACGGGUGUCGCAAUGACUACCGGUGUCCUCGCCAUCCAUACAUUCCUCCUACUCUGGUGCCGCACGAAGAUGUCCGGCAGAUUCGCAAGCAUCGUCAUCUGGACUGUCAUGGGCAUCAUCUGCACAUAUCUCCUCCUGUAUUCCCUCAUUGGCGCCUUCCAUGCGAAACUCUACGAGGCUCCGAGCCCAUAUUGGUGCUGGAUUGCCGGGAAGCAGAAUCACUACCUCGCGGACAAGAUUAUGGGCGAAUACCUAUGGUUAUGGCUGACCCUGGUACUCUCGGUCGUGCUAUAUACCCUACUUUGGUUGCUCCUCAGAGGUAACGUCGAUCCGGAGGAAGGAAGGCCAUGGAAGGUUACCUGGCAGCGCCGACCAAGUGACCAUGUGGAGAAAAACAAUCUAGGAAUCCUUGCCUACCCUGUGGUCUACUCAGCGAUCAUCCUUCCUCUCUCCGUCGUACGCUGGAUCACCUUCGCGACCAACCACGUCCCAUCCGCGGCGACAUUCUUCGUCGUAACGCUAUUCAACCUUAGCGGUCUUGUGAAUGUUCUCAUGCUCCUCCUUGUACGCUCCAAGCUCCUCCUCUUCGGCGCCGCCAGAGGACGUCGCGAAGGUAUUCGUAACGGUACCGGCACGGACAACGCAGGGGGCGUACCCCCCGUCCCGAGCGACUCGGACUCGGAUCGUUCUGCUGCCAUCAACAGACUCGGUAUGGCCGGCGCGCCCGGAAAUGGUUCAUACGCUAUGGAAGACCUGCGGCGGCGGUCUCGGCAACCUUCCAAGGGGAUUGCCCCCUCGAUCGUGAGCUCGAACGAUGAAGAAGAGGCGAGCGCGCACGCGCCAGGGAUCGACGUGGACGGAGGCAGCUAUGCGUACUCGUAUCGUUCCGACGGGCGCGGGAGCGCGCUCGGUCUUAGCCCUGGCUUCGAGCCGGACGUGGCGGACCGCGGAUCUUGGCAUCGGCGUCCGUCGGGCGGCGGUUCGUCGAGCACGGACGUGGCGGCUGCAAGCGCGGCCAGGCAGGAGCCGGGACCGGCGUGGAUGGCUGUUAACGGACAGCAGCCAUAUGGGGCACGGGCGUACGAUCCGUACGCGGACCGGCCUUUGGGCGUGUAGGGGCACGGAAGGCAUACUUCGCACUGGUUACUAAUGCUCAUGUUGCACUUAUAUAUCCGAUAGAAUUCGUGUGUACUCUAUAAUAUUUGGACGAAC